GUGUAAUCCGAGAGCAGCCGACCAGAGGGAAUGAUGAACUGUUGAGCAAGUACAAGGAGGAGACGGUGUCGGACUCGGUGACGACAAUGAAUAUAAAAGGGAGGGUCAAAAUAAAUGACCUCCAGUGCAAAUGUAAAUGAGAUCAUCAACAGUGACGAGAAAAGAUUUAUAAUCAAAAUGGUUUGAUUUUGAUAAUGAUAUCCUCUACAGGCAUAGACUUCAGUGAGUAGCAUGAUGAUAGAAAAAUGUCUGGCUUGCCCGACGACGACCCUGCCGAAACGAGAACGCAAGAGCAGAUAAUUGAAGUCGCAUCGCUCCUGGAGCGAUCGAUAUUGACCGGGGAUGUUGCUAGUGCGCGAACGAAUGCUCAGAGACUCUGCUUGUCUUUGGAACAAGCCAAUCAGAUGAAAGGUGAGAAGAAUGGGGACAACGUUGCUUCUUGUAGAAGUCGUGCUCCUGCUGUGACAACCAAAACUACUGUGUCUUUCGGCUUAGAUUCACGGACAGCACAGAUUCGAGCCGAAGACGAAGCUGCAAAAUAUCCUCCAAGCAGAUAA